AUGCUUAUAAGAGUGACAUGAGGUGCUUAGUGCUUGACAAGACACAGGAAGAGGUGAUGAACGUUGCAGAAGAACUUCACACAAGUAUCAAUGAGCCUUGUUUUGUGAUCUACAUUAUCUCAGUGAUUAGCAAUGGACUCUGAGCUCCUAACACGCGGAGUCUUGUAUCUGUCUCUGGCUGUGGCGGGAAUACCGGGGAACAUUGCUGUGAUCUGUGGCUUUCUGAUGGCACUGCAUCAAGAUCGGCGUCUCCUCACAGCCGACAGCAUUGUUCUGCACCUGGCCCUGGCCAACCUGCUGGUGGUGGCUGUUCGCUGCGUGCUCGAGGUUUUUGCUACCUUUGAAAUUGUCAACGUUUUUGAUGACACUGGUUGCAAGGCUGUAAUUUUUGUGUACAGGACAGCGCGUUCGCUUUCCAUCUGGCUUACCUUCGUGCUGAGCGCCUACCAGAGCCUGAGCAUUGCGCCCCCGGGGUCACACUGGGCAACAGCUCGGGACCUGUUCUCCCAAUUCCUUUGGCUCAUAUUUCUGGUAGUGUGGAUGAUCAACAUCUCCAUUAGUUCGCCAUCUAUUAUCUUCGCCACUGGUGCCAAGAACACCUCAAAGCUCCUCCAGAACAGCAUCAACGUGCAGUUCUGCUUUGUCAAUUUCCCGUCUGUGAUCGUCAAGGAUGCCAACGGAGCUGUGCAGACAGUCAGAGACGUGGUGCCCAUGGCUCUCAUGACCACAGCCAGCCUCAUCAUCCUCCUCUUUCUCUACAGACACAGCCGCCAGGUCAGAGCUAUCCGUGGCAGUGGUGGUGGUGGUGCAGGACCAGGAGGAGGAGGUUCCUCUGAACGCAGGGCGGCUAUUACCGUGGUCACGCUGGUGACGCUGUAUGUCGUGUUGUACGGAGUGGACAAUGGGCUUUGGGUUUACACUAUUAUGGUGAAACAGACCAUGUCAUCUGCGCUCAUCUCAGACCUGCGCAUCUUCUUCUCGUCCCUGUAUGCCGCCAUGAGCCCCGUUGUCAUCAUUGUAUCUAAUAAGAAAGUGAACAAACAUCUGAGGUGUGGCAGUGAGGAGAAGAUGACAAUGGCUGCUAAAGGCUGAAAAACACUGAUCAAACUGCAUCUUCAAUAGCCUUCAACUACUGCAGUGCU